AUGGAAGAAAAGAUCAAAGAGAGCCCGCUGGCUAGCCCCGAUAUCAGUCCAAUGGACAGUCCGAAGCUCGAGGCUACUGUAUUUUCGGUGGCCAAUCUUUUGGAUGUGAAGAAGUGAGUUUGUGGGGGUGUUUUAUGGUCAAUUAUGUAGUAAUAAAGUUGUUUCUUACUUUUAUGUUGUAGUAGGAACUAUACAUUUUUAUUUUGGUUGCAGUAAUUUUAAUUUUUUUAAAAUUUAAAAUACUUAAAUUCAAAAUUUAAAUUAAUAUUUUUUAACGAUAUAAGACCAAAAUUAGUGUCAAAUCUGCUCUAGAUAACGUUGAAUGUAGUUGCCAUUUUUAAUGACAAUGCGCUGCCACAUCAAGAGCAGCUUAUUAAGGGAUUUCGAAGCCGGCUUGCCCUUUUUAAUUUGAGUUUGAAACCUGACUAAUCCGGCUAUUUCAGAGAGCCUGAGGACAAGCUCAAGACCAGUAUGGUCGAUCAACUGAAUGAGUGUCUGAAGAAGCUUCCCAACCAGAAUCUGGAGCCCUUCAUGAAUCCUUUCCUCUGUGGAUUGUGGACACAGUUCGGAGCUAGGAUGAUUGGCGCAGGUAAGGAUUACUGUAUUUUGUCUGGGUUAGGGGUUGGGUCGGUUAACAUGUACUUUAUUGGAUAAGAUUUUAGUGAUAUUGGGGGUUUAUAAGUAUAAAGUUGAAGUAUUUUAAAAGAUAACAGUAGUUUUAGUAAUUAUUGUUACCUAAAGUUCUAAAAAUCAGCUUUGUCAUCUACUUAGCCUACUAUAAAUUCAAAAAAGUCCUCAAAAUAGUUUCUUUUAAUACCUAAAAUGUCAAAUCUACCCUCUCAAUACUUUUAUUGACCCCGCGAUGACAUUUAAACUGAUUCCAAACUUUUGAAGUCAUGGUAAAAUACGAAAACAAAGGCGUAACAAAGCGGUGCCGAUCCCUUUUGUCUAUGUUAAUAAACUCAUCGGGCCAGAACAGAUCGCGGGGACAAUGGCAUCCUGAACACAGAUGUUGUUCUAGGCAGAUAAAAGCAGCCGCGCAGGUAGAUUAUAUCGGAUAAUGUUGUUCUAAUUAGCUGGCACAGUAGGCCAUUUACCACAAACAUUUACCGUCAAUGUUUGGGCAAGUUUUGCGCAAUUUUUGAAGUUGGGAUGGUUUGGAGGCGGAUUUUUAGUUUUAAAAGGUUUGGAAUUGUAUAAGAAUAUUAUCUUUUUGGUUCAAAUUUGAAUUUUAAAACUUCAAAACUUGAAUUUAAAGUUCAAAAUUGGGAUUUUAUAACGAUUUUUUGAUCAAAAAUGACGUUUUACAAGAAAUUUCGAUAAAAUCGACCAAAACUUUUAAUUACGGCCGAACCCAACCACCCCUCGAGACUAAAAAACAGGCAGUCAACAUACGAAAUUACACGUCUGUAAAGUUUCACAACGGUUUCGAAUUGGCACUGUUUUGGCGAUAAAAGUCAAAGUAUAAUGUAAUUCGGUUUAAGUGCGUUUUAUGCAAAUUUGAGUGAAUUUAAAGGCCAUCGGCAGAGAUCCUCAUUCGUGCCCUAAGGCGAUUACAUUUCGAGAAAAAUCUUUCACAAUAUCAGAAAUUGUGUGGCGGCAAUCAAAGAAAUGGAUUCUGACCGUAAGCGGGUUAGGCAUGGGUGUUAGCUAGCUGAUUGUAAAGGGGGAUAGCUAGUGGUUUAACGAGGGUGGUAACUAGUUAAUUAUGAUAAGUGUUAGCUAGCUAAUUCUCAUGGUAUUUAGCUUUUAAUAUUUAUGAGUUUUGGCUAGCGAAAUUGUAAACUUAGGUUUGUUUUGGCUGUUAAACGCAAGUUUUAUGCCUAAAGUUUUAAGUUUUACCUACUAUAAUAUAACUCUCUGGGCUUUUUAAAAGCUAAAAGUGUAAAACAAGCCAGUUUUUAGCUAUCACUUUAACUACAUCACCCUAAGAAUUCAAAAUUGUUUAAAAAUUCAAAAAAAUGAAAGUCAUUUUAGCUAGAAGUAAUUGGCGUUAACAGCCGAAAAAGGCUUAAGUGCGCUCCAAACCUUUUACAGUAGACAAUUUACUUAGGCCGAAUUAAUUCCGCCUUUCAAUGCCUUGUUUUAGCCAUUGUUUUCGUAAUGGAUAUUGCCCAAUAGAUUAAUCAUUAACUCCUAAUUAAGUGCUAAUUAGUUAAUUAGAAGCUCAAAACGUUUUUGUAUCAAUGGUAACAUUCGGGUGGUGUUACAAGUUAAUAAGUAAGGUACUGUAACUUUACUUUUAGUACAAUUUUGUGUUUUGCAGGGUUUUCGGUAUUAUGAGGUUUGUUUUGGCAGCGAUAGAAGUUGCAAAAUUAAAAAAAGUAACCAAAACAAAAAAUUUCCAAAAAUUUUAGUUCAAAUUUUAAACUUUAAUCAGUUGAAACCCUAAAACAUUGACUUUACCACCAUUCCUGAUGCUUUUAAAUCCGACUCAAUCUGUUACGGUAAUUAGAUGACAAUAUGCGUAAUUAGCGUGCCUUAAAGAGCGCCGCGAUGAAUAAGUUCAGCUCUCUAAACCCAUCAAAUAAUAUUAUUCUCUCUUUCAUUAUACUCAAAUAAUAGGUGUCGUAUAAUAAUGUCAAGUGCGCAUCGCAUUUCAUUCCCUGCUUCCAGGUGCCUUGAACCCCAAUCUGUUAGACGACCCCAAGAAGCUGAACAACGUCUUCGGCCACAUCAACAAUGCCUCCGGAUCUUCGUCCGGGAACAGUGAUCCAGGCAAGCUCAGUCGAGAGUCGUCGCCAGUCCACUCGGAUCACAGUUCAGAACAGAACGACGACGACGGCCGACACCCGCAUCUGAAUGGGAUUCGGAAGAAGAAGACUCGCACCGUGUUCUCCAGAAGCCAGGUCUCUCAACUCGAGAUGAUGUUCCACCAGCACAAGUAUCUCAACACACCUCAGCGGAGUCAUCUGGCUCAGCAGCUCGGUCUGACUGAUGUGCAGGUGAAGAUCUGGUUCCAGAACCGACGAAACAAAUGGAAGAGGACCAACAAUGGAGAAGAUAUCAAUGCUGCCUCACAACGACCUCAGUCUGGAGCGGCGGCGAUUCUGAAUUCUCUGCCGAGUAUGGUGAACAACAGAGACGAGGCCAUGAGGCUGCUGCUACAACAACAGAGUCCUUUUAAUCAGACGCAGUAAGUUGAUUCUUUUAUAAAGAUGUGUUAGAAAUAGAAUAUUAGGCUAAAUAUCAUAUUAAUAUAAUAUUCAAAUUAUAUAAAGUGUAUGGUUGUAACAUUUUAUGUUAUUAGUAAGAUCAGAAUAUGAUCUGACAUUGCAAAAGCAAUUACUCAAGACCUUGAAAUUGUAAAGUAAACAUUGUAUACUACUUUGUGCCAAUUUGUAGUAAGUGCUUUUGGAACUGGAUUCUGUAAUUAAAGUCAAUAUUGUAACAACAACAUGUUAAUGUUUACGGCGGAUUAGCGGAUCGUGCUAUUUGACCUGUGUACGUGGCUAUACUCAGUUGUACAUUUUUAGAUUUUAAUUUUCAAAUUUUAAUUGUUUGCAUUAUCAUGGUGCAUACCUUUAAAGGUGAUUAGGAUAAAAAUUAGAAAAUUUUAAACUUUUGCUACUGUAACGUCACUAAUAAUUACAGUAAACCUAUUAAUAACCACACCCCUCUUAUCACUUUAAUCUCACAUCCAUAUUCUUAAUAUAACUACAACUAAAUUACUGUAAUAACGACCGUAUUCUAGGUUCCUAGCCCAACAGAACCCCCUCCUAUCCGCCCUCCCCUUCUUCAAUCAGCUACGAUCUUUGUCGUCGGAUUCUGAAGAUGGCAGUAACCUCGAUGUAGCCAAGUUGUUCGCCCUCCAAGCCCAAAACUUUCUGAACUCGGCAACGUCGACCAACCAGUCCAGCAGUAACCCAUCUACAGUAUCCAACUCGGUAGAGUCACCGUCAGUUCCUAGUAGAGAUUGGAGCGAGUAG